ACCUUAUAGUGUCGGACACUUCUGGCGGAAUUGGUGCCCAUGUGGAUGAGCUGAGCCUUGAUAAGUGUGGAUCAGAAGCAGUGCAUCCACAGAGGCAGACACCAACUACUAAUCAACCAUGGAGGAUAUGAAAGAAAAAAAGAAACAUCGGAAGAAAAACAGUGGACCCAAAGCAAACAAAAAGCGUAGUCGGCAAGAGGGUGAAGGAAUUACAGAAGAAGAUGCCAGGAAAAGGAACCCUAAAGCCUUUGCAGUGCAGUCUGCUGUACGCAUGGCAAAGAAUUUCCAUAGGACGCAGGAUUUGAAGACCAAGAAACAUCACAUACCAGUGGUAGAUCGCACACCUCUUGAACCUCCACCUGUGGUUGUGGUGGUUGUCGGGCCUCCAAAAGUUGGGAAGAGCACCUUAAUCCGUUGCCUCAUUAAAAAUUUUACCAAGCAGAAGCUUACAGAGAUCCGAGGACCAGUGACUAUUGUGUCAGGAAAGAAGCGUCGUCUAACCAUCAUAGAAUGUGGAUGUGACAUCAACACAAUGAUAGAUCUGGCUAAAGUUGCUGACUUGGUCCUGAUGCUGAUAGAUGCAAGUUUUGGUUUUGAGAUGGAAACAUUUGAGUACUUAAACAUCUGUCAGGUGCAUGGUUUUCCUAAAAUCAUGGGUGUUCUUACGCAUUUGGACUCUUUCAAGAACAACAAGCAACUGCGCAAGGUCAAGAAAAGGUUAAAGCACAGAUUCUGGACAGAGGUCUAUCAGGGAGCCAAGCUUUUUUAUUUAUCUGGGAUGGUGUAUUCUGAAUACCAGAAACAAGAAAUACAUAAUCUAGGAAGGUUUAUUUCUGUCAUGAAGUUCCGGCCUCUGAUAUGGCAAACUUCCCACCCCUACGUUCUGGCAGACAGGAUGGAAGACCUGACCAAUCCAGAAGAUUUAAGACUGAAUCCAAAGUGCGACCGGAAAGUUUCGCUGUAUGGGUAUCUGCGGGGGGCAUAUCUGAAAAAUAAAAGCCAAGUUCAUAUUCCAGGAGUUGGGGAUUUUGCUUUGGAUGAUGUUAGCUUCCUGCCAGAUCCCUGUCCACUUCCCAAUCAGCAGAAGAAGCGAUCUCUAAAUGAAAGAGAGAAGAUGAUUUAUGCUCCACUUUCAGGUGUCGGAGGUGUUGUGUAUGAUAAAGAUGCUGUGUACAUAGACCUGAGCGCAAAUCAUGUCCAGCAAGAGCAACAGCGAGCCAAAAAACCUUCCCAUGAGCUGGUUCAAAGCCUUAUUUCCACCAAUGUCACCAUUGAUUCAAAGAUGUCUACUAGCAAAGUAUCUCUUUUUACAAACUCCAAACCCUUGGCUGUGGAGGAUGUUGAAAAUAAAGCGUUUGUGAUGCCAACAGAAGAAAAAGUAUUAGAGAAUGGCCGAAUUAGGCGAAAAGCAGUCUUUAAAGAUGGGGAAUCUGGAGAAAAUUAUGAUGAUGAUGAGGAGGAGGAGGAGGAGGAGGAGGAGGAGGAAGAUGGUGAUGAUGAGGAGGAUGGUGAUGAGGACGAUGGUGAAGAGGAGGAAGAGGGAACAGAUAAUGAUGACAAUGAAGAAGAUAAUGAGGUUUCAGAAGACUCGGAAGAGGACCUAGGAGAAAGUGAAGAAGAAGAUACACCUGCAAAACUGCCCCCAGGUCCAAGAGCUUCUAAACGACCUAAAGUAGAGAAACAUGUUGUAAAGCCCACUGUGGAGAUGCCUGCUUUUGCAGAUAGUGAUGAUGAUCUGGAGCAUAGUGAUGAUGAAGAACAUGGCAAAGAAGAGGGAAGUGAAGAGGAGGAGGUUGAUAGUGAAAGUGAGGAAGAUGAGUCAGUUAGUGAAGGAGAGAGGGAAGAGAAUACUAUACAGAAGAAAAGUAGCACAAAAAAGGCAAGAAAGCUCACUGAUAAGAAAUCUGCUCAAGCACUGGACAGUGGGAAUUGCACCGGAGAGGAUGCAAUGUCAUCUUCUGAAGAUGCAGAGCAAAUGGACACAGAUGACACCGCUUCUGAAGAGGAACAGGCUGAUGACAGUGAAGCUGGGGACACCAGUGAAGAAGAAAGUGGUGGUGAGGAAGAUUUGCUAAAAGAUGAGGAUGAGGACUUGGAUGAAGGUGGCGACAUAUCUUCUGAUACAGUCGGUGCUCUUAAGUGGAAGGAAGAUCUGAAAAAAAAAGCAGCAGAGGUUUUUCUCCGACAGCAGUCCGCCCCUAAUCUCCGCAAACUUGUAUAUGGCACAGUGGCUGAAGAGGAAGAAGAAAAGGAACGUGGAGAUGAUGAGCUGGGAGGUUUAUUUCAUGUCAAUCGUCCUGACAAAGAAUCCAGAAGAGCUGCUAAUGCACUUGACUGCUCCAAAUUCGUGGCUGACAGUACCCAGGACUGGGAUCUGGAAGAGGUCAUGGACUGCAUCCGAGAUUGCUUUGUCACCGGAAAAUGGGAAGCAGACAAAGAUGCUGAAAAACUGCUACAAGAAGAUGAGGAGGUUUAUGGAGAUUUUGAAGAUUUGGAGACAGGGAAGGUGCACAAAGGCAAGCCUGAAUCGGAAGAAGAAGACGAGAAUGAAGAUGAGAAUGAAGAUAAAGGGGUGGAAGCACCAGCAGACAAAGAUGAGAACAAGAAGCGUCUGGAUAAGAAGCGAAAGCUAAAAGAAAGAUUUGACAUGCAGUAUGACGGUGGGGAUGAGGAUGCCACGUACUUUGAUGACCUCAAGGGAGAGAUGCAGAAGCAGGCAGAGUUGAACCGUGCAGAAUUUGAAGACCAGGAAGAUGACAUCCGUGUGCAGUAUGAGGGAUACCGGCCAGGCAUGUACCUCCGACUUGAAAUCGAAAGUGUUCCCUGCGAGUUUGUGAUCAACUUUGACCCCCACUACCCAAUGAUCCUUGGUGGGCUGGGCAACAGUGAGGGGAACGUUGGAUACAUCCAGAUGCGCUUGAAAAAGCAUCGCUGGCACAAGAGGAUCUUGAAGACAAGAGACCCACUAAUCUUCUCACUGGGCUGGAGGCGUUUCCAGACCAUCCCGCUUUAUCACAUUGAAGAUCACAAUGGGCGACACAGGCUUCUGAAAUAUACUCCAGAGCAUAUGCACUGUGGGGCUACAAUAUGGGGUCCAAUCACUCCACAAGGAACUGGCUGCCUGGCUGUUCAGUCUGUUAGUGGCACUAAGGCAGAUUUCCGGAUAGCAGCUACAGGAGUUGUUCUAGAUCUGGACAAAUCUGUGACUGUAGUGAAAAAGUUGAAGUUAAUUGGAUAUCCCUGCAAAAUCUACAAGAAUACCUCCUUUAUCAAGGGAAUGUUUAGCACUGCCUUGGAAGUGGCCAAAUUUGAGGGAGCCUCGGUAAGGACUGUCAGUGGGGUUCGGGGCCAGAUUAAGAAGGCCUUGCGGACCCCAGAGGGUGCAUUCCGAGCCACUUUUGAGGACAAGCUACUGAUGAGUGACAUUGUUUUCCUGAGAUCCUGGUUUCCAGUUACGGUACCUACUUUCUAUAACCCAGUAACCUCUCUGCUUAAACCUGUUGGCGAAAAAGAGAACUGGACGGGCAUGAAGACGCUCGGGCAAUUAAAACACGAGCUUUGUAUCCGCCAGAAGCCACAGAAGGAUUCUCUUUAUAAGCCCAUCGUACGACAAGUAAGACACUUUAACCCAAUUCACAUCCCCAAAUCUCUACAAAAAGCCUUACCGUUUAAAGCCAAGCCAAAAUUUAUGGAAAAGAAGGGGAAAGUGACCAGAGACCGUGUACGGCCAGCUGUGAUACGUGAACCACAUGAGCGAAAGAUUUCAGAACUUCUGUCAGCCUUGGGUACCCUGAACAACUACAAGAAAACAAAAGCAAAGACAAAGCACAAGCAGCAACACAAGGAAUUCUUGCAGAAGAAGCAGAAGGAAGAAGAGGAGAAAUUAAAAAGACAGAAGGAAGCUAGAAAGAAGCUUUUCCGAUCAAUAGGGCAGAAAGAGAAGAAAAAGCAAAAAUCGAGUCUCAAAGGCAGCAAUGAACAAGAUUGAUAAACAUACGUUUACAAACACUGCAUGCAGACAUAACGAUGGUUGCCCUCUUACCCCAUUGGUCAUGUGUACUGUAGUUUCAUACUAUAUGGUGUACAGUCUUGUAUAUUAAUAAUCAAAUAUCUUUUUAUAAUUUGAUAUAUGGGAUAUUUGUAAAUUCAGAAUCCCGAAAGUGGAAGCAUUCCUCCAUAAAUUCAGAGGAGAAAAAGAACUUUUAACGUGAAACGAUAUGGAAUUAUUUAGGUUAACAGAUUGCAUAGUGAUGAUCAUAUUUAUAGGUUGAUUAAUUCACAAAAAUAAAAGUCUUACUUGAGUGGAUAUAUCUAUUUGUUAAACUCUCCAGAUAUGUAUGUACAGCUCUUUCAUUAAAAAUAUAAACAAACGUACUAUCCUUAACCACAGAAUGUUUU